UUGGUCCAGCUCCAGGCUCAGCUAGAUUAGCAUGUUUCAAACCUCCCCCUGGGCUCACAGCUCUACUCCUCAUUGGUGGGGAUGUCCAUCAUCAAAGCCUUAAAGAGAUAUCAAGAGUUCCAGUGUUGCUGCUGCUGCAGUCUCCAUGGUACUGUUAGACAGGGGAUCAAUGAUUAGACGGGCCCGUCAUAAUUAGAUCCUUCUUCAACAUCAGGAUGCUCCCCUAUCACUCGGCACUCUUGGCAGUGCUGUCACUCACAGUGACCAGCGUAUCGACGAAGACCACUCAGCGGCCAAAGUACCAAUACACCAAGAAGCCUAUGCCUUACCGCGAGCAGCCCCAGAUUACCAUGCAGCCCCUAACCCUCCCUAAGACACUGAAAUCAGUGGAGAAAUCAGAUCCCAUGGACCCCUACCCUCUGGCUACCACAGAGACCACAACCUAUCCCAGCGAUGCCUACCAGGAUUACUAUACUGAAACCACAGGGCCCCCUGGUGUUGGGCAUGAUAAUUACACCAUGGAUUAUAACGAGUGCUACUUUAAUUUUUGUGAGUGCUGUCCACCAGAGAGGGGCCCUCGAGGGCCAAAAGGGGACAGAGGACUACCAGGUUCACCUGGAGAAGAGGGGGAGCGAGGACCCAGAGGCUUUUCUGGACUGGCUGGUUCAAAUGGAACUAUGGGGCCAAAAGGAGACAGAGGAGUUAAAGGUGACCUAGGAUACCGUGGAAUGGCAGGAACUCCAGGUAACCCAGGGAAACCAGGAGAGAGAGGUGGAUUUGGCUUCAAAGGUGAAAAAGGUGACAGCGGGCCCCCUGGUGUCAAAGGUAACCAGGGGGAGAAGGGUGAAAGCCAAAAUGGGACUAAGGGUGAGAGAGGGGAACCUGGAAUGGAAGGCCCAACAGGACCCCCAGGGCUGGCUGGAGUGCAAGACCAGAAGGGGGACAAGGGGGACAAAGGAGAGUGUGGGACAUUUGGAGAGAGAGGACUGAAGGGCGAUAGAGGGGACCCUGGGCCUCCAGGUAUUCAGGGACAGGUGGGUCUUCCUGGGGUGGAUGGCAUGCAGGGCUCCCCUGGUGUGGCGGGCGACCAGGGGGAUCUAGGACCCCCAGGGGCUCAAGGUGAGCCAGGGGUGCGAGGGCUGCCUGGACCCCAGGGAGGGAGGGGGAUGUUUGGGCCAAAGGGUGACAGAGGCCCCCCUGGGAUGAGAGGGGACAGGGGCCCUCGGGGGAUCAGAGGGGCGAAGGGUAACGGGGUGAUUCAGAAACGCUCAGCUUUCAGUGUGGGCCUCUCUCCCAGCAAGUCCUUCCCUCCAUCGGGCUUCCCCGUCCGCUUCGACAAGGUCUUCUAUAACGGAGAGAACCACUACAACUCCUCCUCCAACAGCUUCACCUGUGCCCACGGGGGGGUCUACGUGUUCUCCUACCACAUAACCGUGCGGAACAAGCCCCUGCGUGCCGCCCUGGUAGUCAAUGGGGUGAGGAAGGUGCGGACGCGGGACUCUCUCUAUGGCCAGGACAUCGACCAAGCGUCCAGCCUGGUGCUGUUGCAGCUGGCGGUGGGGGACCAGGUAUGGCUGGAGACACUGAGGGACUGGAACGGUGUCUAUGCCAGUAGUGAGGACGACAGCACGUUCUCUGGCUUUCUGCUCUAUGCUGACAAGCCCUGACAAACGAUCUGAUAUCUAAUACAAUCUACACUGUAACUCUACUGUACCUCCACAGUACCUAAACAAUCUCUACUGGCAGUCCUCCAUACCACCCAUACAGUACCCCACAGACCAGCCCAUCUGUACUCCUGCUCUACACAGACAAGUUAUGACAAUGGAGCCCACUAUACCACCACAGUACCAGGGACUGUAAAACACCUCUAUAUGAGGCGGCAGCACUCACCCCAUCUCUCUUCAUACUCCCUGUAUAGGCUCAUCAACAUAUAGGCCUCUUUACAAGACUGUCAAUCUGGUAGAAUGAAAAAUAAUGCAAGUAAGACUGAUAGCACUGG